AGUGUCUUUUUCUAUGUAACUGUUGGUCAUAUGAUUUCUUUCCCGCUCAAAUGACAGAAUUUGUUCGGUUUGUAUGUGUCGUUUAAAGCUUUGUUGAGUACUUGUAUAUGAUCGUGUGGCAUACAGCAAAUAAUUUUACAACAUAAAAAUGGAUACGGAGAUUGAUCAGCAUUUACAACUAAUAACACGCGAAUACAUCGAUUUCUUGGAUGAUGCGGAGGAUCAGGGCAUAUAUGCCACAGCUGUUAAAAACAUGAUUCAGGAAAAUAAAUAUAGAUUGGUUGUUAAUGUCAAUGACUUGAGAAGGAAAAAUCCCAAUCGUACCGCAAGUUUGCUUAAUAAUUCCUUUGUGGAACAACUGGCGUUUCAAAAUGCUUUGUAUCAAUAUGUCUCAAAUGUAGAUAUCGAUUUUGCAAAACAACAAAAAGAGUUCUUUGUUGCUUUUGAAGGAAGCUUUGGAAAUAAGCAUGUUACAUCAAGAACACUCACCUCUCGUUAUUUGGGUAACUUGGUGUGUAUGGAAGGAAUUGUUACAAAAUGUUCACACGUACGACCAAAAGUUGUGAGAAGUGUCCAUUAUUGCGAUGUAACUAAAACAGUCUUGGAGAGAGCGUAUUCAGAUUUAACUUCCUUGGAAGCUUUUCCUCAUUCUGCUAUUUAUCCAACUACUGAUGAACAAGGUAACGCUUUAGAAACGGAAUUUGGUUUGUCGACUUACAAAGACCAUCAGACACUUACUAUACAGGAGAUGCCAGAGAAAGCUCCGGCCGGUCAGUUGCCACGAAGCGUGGAUGUAAUCUGCGACAAUGAUUUGGUAGAUAUGUGCAAGCCUGGGGAUCGAGUGCAGAUUGUCGGAAAUUAUCGAUGUCUUCCAGGAAAACACGGUGGAUAUACAACUGGAACUUUUAGGACUGUCCUCAUCGCCAACAAUAUAAUGGAGCUGGACCAGGACAAAAAUCUUAUGAUCUCUCACGAGGACGUAGCGAUGUGCAAGAAAUUGGCAAAACACAAUCCUUGUAAAAAUAUUUUUGAACUCCUCGCUAAGUCUCUCGCUCCGUCUAUACACGGUCAUGAGUACAUAAAGAAGGCGAUUCUGUGUCUGCUCUUGGGUGGAGUGGAGAAGGUCUUGCCAAAUGGUACGAGAUUGCGAGGAGAUAUAAAUAUGUUGCUUAUUGGCGAUCCGUCGGUUGCAAAAUCGCAGUUAUUGCGUUACGUGUUGUGUACUGCUCCACGUGCAAUUUCAACCACCGGAAGAGGAUCUUCCGGUGUCGGUCUGACGGCGGCAGUUACGGUCGAUCAGGAAACCGGUGAACGCAGAUUAGAAGCAGGCGCGAUGGUCUUGGCAGAUCGCGGCGUUAUCUGCAUAGACGAAUUCGACAAGAUGUCGGAUAUUGAUAGAACGGCGAUACACGAGGUGAUGGAACAAGGUAGAAUCACAAUCGCCAAAGCGGGUAUUCACGCCAGCCUGAACGCGCGUUGCUCGGUAUUAGCAGCUGCGAAUCCCGUAUAUGGAAGAUAUGAUCAAUACAAAACGCCUAUGGAAAAUAUUGGCCUGCAAGAUUCUCUACUAUCGCGUUUCGAUCUGCUCUUCGUUAUGCUGGACGUACAAGAUUCGGAUCAGGAUCACGUAAUCAGCGAUCACGUCGUGAGAAUGCAUCGGUACAGAAAUCCUUCGGAACAGGACGGCGAGGCUUUGAGCUUGGGUUCGAAGUUGGACAUGUUAACGACGAAGAAUACGGAUGACGCGGCCAAUGAAGAGGCGCAGAAUCAAAUUUAUCAGAAAUAUGAUCCGCUUCUGCACGGACAAACGCGUUCCAAAAACGAUCAGAUUUUGACCGUACAGUUUAUGAGAAAGUACAUUCACAUCGCUCGAUGCAUGAAGCCAAGACUCACGGAAGAGGCCAGCUCCGUUAUCGCGGAAGAAUACUCGAAACUUCGCUCGGAAGACAUAGUAGAGUCCGACGUUGCGAGAACUCAACCGGUGACCGCGAGAACUUUGGAGACGCUGAUUCGAUUGGCGACAGCGCAUGCGAAGGCACGACUUUCAAAGUACGUGGAAAGUGAGGACGCACAUGCCGCGAUAGAGCUGGUGCAGUACGCCUAUUUCAAACGUGUGCUCGAAAAGGACAAGAGGAAACGACGACGUCACGAUAGCAACGUAUCUGAGGAUGAGGUCGAAGAGAGCAGACAAACGAAACGCAAGAAGACUACGAGAAAUACUGAUGAUCCGUACGAGUACGACAGCGAUGACGACCACAUCGAAGUGGCGACGCGGAUAACUAGGGCGCGUUCACAAAAAUCUACCACCACACAGAAAUCUACGUCGCCGAGCCCCAUGGAGACCGAGAGUGCGCAAACGUCUGUUCCGGAAAAACCCACUAUCACAGAGGACAGACUUGCAAUUUUCAAAUCAUCGUUAAAUAAGUUGUUCCAAGACAGACGAAUUCAAAUGAUUCCGUUGAGAGAAGUUACCGAUUAUUUGAACACAGAGCGCGCUCUGAAUUUCACGUCGAACGAGAUUGACGCCGCUAUCAACGCUAUGACGGACGCAAACCAAAUCAUGGCCGCGGACGAUAAUAUUUUUCUGAUAUAAAAUAUUUCUCCAUACGCAGUACGUUAUAAUUUUAUACAAUUAAAGAUGAUUACCAUUUUUUUUUUUUUUUUUUAAUAUUAACUUAUUGGUUGGAUCGCGAAGAUGAGACUUCCGAGAUCGCUCCUCAUAUUUUUUAACACCAACGAACGAUUCACGAUUUUAUAUGUAGCUGCAACAAAUGAUCUUCAGGUGUAAUUCAGUACGAUAAUAUCUGAUUUGUACAUGCACGCAGUUGCAUGCAACACUUAAAAAAAAAUAUAUACAUAUUUUUCUAUGCGCAAAUCGUGUUUGCAUUUAAGGUUCCUCGCGAUAUCUCGCGGCUAUCUUCGAUUUUGUGACGUCAGAAUGAGACCCCAACAUCGCCAAAGUUUCGCGCACUUUAUUUAAAAAGUACACAUUUCUGUAAAAUACAAACGUAUUAGACUAUUAGAGUGCAUUUGUAUAAAAAUAUACACCGUAGGGUUUUCUUUUGAUUUAACACAAAAAACCAGAUCGGUAAAAUCGAAUCGAAAAAUAUGAAGCUUUUGCAGCGUGUCACACGCGGUUUCGUGUUAAAAGAAAAGCGUGUGUGGUAUAAUUUUACGAGCUCUGUCGAUUCCACGUGUGUUUAUAAAAAAAAAAGUGCUUUUUUAUUUUCAGAAAAAGUGCGCAAAACUUUGAUUCUUCGUCGCUUCUGAAACGUCAUAAAAUCGAAGACGGUCGCGAUACAUCAACCUUAACUAAAUCAG